AUGAACAAAGUUAAACAUGAACAACAACGUGUUGUUAAUGUAGUAGCCAAACAAGCUUCAGAAAAGAAUAAAGGACCCAAGUCAAAGGGUACAGCACCAGCCAAUGUAGACAAAGAUGAACAACAACAACAACAACACAACAAGAAAAAGGAGACAAAUCAAGAACAGCAUAAACAACAUCAAGAGGAGACAGAGGAAGAAAAGAGAUUGAGACAGGAGAAGAAUAAACAGCAACAAGAAGAGAAGAAGAUGAGGAGCAAGGAGUUUAAACUACAACGAGAGAAGGAGAGAAUUGAGAAGGAGCAAGAACAAAUGCAGGCUCUGGCAUUGGCAAUCAUAAACAAGAAGAGCAUUCCAUCACAAUCUUCUUCUUCUCCUUCGGCGUCCUCGUCCUCAUCAUCGUCGUCCUCGUCGUCUAAAGCGAAGAAACAAUCAAAUUCAACUUCAUCAUCGGCGUCUUCAUCGUCUUCAUCGUUGGCGCUUGCAACUCCAAAUUCGGCCACACAUCCAUUGUCUUCGAAGCCCAAAGAACAGCAUCACAUCAUUCACAAACCAAAGCUCAAUGAACAAGAUACCCAUAAUUCAUGGCUAGUUGGCAACUCCAAAGACAACAACUCUAAAGACAACAACAAAAACAAACCGCAACCCAAGAGAUGCGCUGAGAAUGACAAUCCAUUCCUCCCAACAUCAUCUUCCACCUCAUCCUUAUCCACUGACGACAAGAACAAGAUCAAGCCAAAGAACAACGAAGUCGAGCCUGACAACCCGUAUCUCACAUCAACAUCGACAUUCAUACCAACUCCCUAUAAUUCAGUGAAUGUCAACAACAACAAGAAACGCGAUGCCCGUCGUGGAAACAGUGGAUCACUGACCAUAUUUCAAGAAGAUGUCGAUGAGCCAAAGGCAGAAGGUUCGAACUUGGCCAGACUCAACUUCCUCUAUCGCGCAUCCUUGAUGAUGCAGCAAAGCAACUCUCCAGCGAUCGCUCGCUAUCUACACCAUCGAUUCAGACAAGAUGCUCUCCAACAGGGUGUUGAUGAACUGCCCUCUGCUGAGCAACCUGUGGCAUCUCACCUAAAGACCUGCUCGUCUUGCAGCGUCAAUCUUGUCCCAGGUGUCAACUGCAGGGUCCGUCUAAAGAACAGGUCUAACAAGCUAAAGCUGCGAGAAGGAAUUGCGACCCCAUCGUCUUACUGCGACAAGAUCAAGAACAACAGAGCCAGUGAGUACGGCCUCGUCAGUGUGGUCUGUACCGAUUGCCAAGCGACAACAUCACUGCCCACCGAGAAGAUCAAGGCGCGACUCAAUCGUCUUCUGGAACAAAAGAGGAAGCGACCUCGUCAGACUGUAGUUGCGCCAUCAGAAAACACUGUUGCCGCUCCAUCGACAGAGAUGAUCAUCGAAGACACUAGAGAGACAAAGAAGAUCAAGAUGGACAAUAGUGAUCUUCCAAAGAAGGCUGCUGCCAAGCCGCCACCUCCUCCCAAAAAGGCUGGCGCAAAGAAGCAGCAACAGAACAAAAGUAAAGCGGGUGGCCUGAGCAGCUUCUUGGCUGAAGUCGGCGACUUCAUGAAGUGA